GGAUUUGUGUUCCUCUGGAAAAGAAUGGCUGAUGUGUGCACCUGGCCUUUCUCCCCUAGGGGUUAGCAGGAGCCACCAUGGGUUCUGUGAAUUCCCGAGGUCACAAGGCAGAAGCCCAGGUGGUGAUGAUUGGCCUCGACUCAGCUGGGAAGACCACACUCCUGUACAAACUGAAGGGCUACCAGCUGGUGGAGACCCUGCCCACUGUUGGUUUCAACGUGGAGCCUCUCAGAGUCCCUGGGCAUGUGUCUCUGACCAUCUGGGAUGUGGGGGGGCAGACCCAGCUGAGGGCCAACUGGAAGGACUACCUGGAAGGCACGGAUGUCCUCGUGUAUGUGCUGGAUAGCACAGAUGAAGCUCGCUUGCCCGAGGCGGUGGCUGAGCUCGUGGAAGUCCUUGAUGAUCCACACAUGGCCCACGUCCCUUUCUUGGUGCUGGCCAACAAGCAGGAGGCGCCCGAUGCUCUGCCGCUGCUCGGGAUCAGAGACAGGCUGGGCCUGGAGAGAUUCCAGGACCGCAGCUGGGAUCUCCAGGCCUGCAGUGCCCUCACCGGCGCUGGGCUGCCCGAGGCCCUGCAGAGCUUGAGAAGGCUCCUGAAAUCCCGCUGCCACUGUGUCUCCAGGUGAGCGCAGGUGCAGCGGGGGUGUGGGGAGAGCAAGAAGACUGGAUCCAGGCAGAGCAGCGUGCCUUUGCCCAUACGAACUGAAAGAAGCAGCUAGUCCUUGAGAAUCUGAAACUCAGUUUGUCAAAUAAGACGUCCUUCUGUGCUUGGACAGGAUAUUUUCU